GAAAUAAUUAUUGUUAUAUUCUCAAUUUAAAGUUUGAAAUAUCAAUAUAAAAUAUUGUUUUUAUUUUUUUCUUUGUUUAUAUAUAUUCAAAUAUCUACGCAGCAAUAAAUUGUUUCGUGACAGUUGUGUUCUAUGAUUUUUUUUGUCACUCGUGGUAUUAUAACCUAUAUACAAAGAUUUUUUUAAAGUAACAUGGAAGAUCCAAUUUCAGCGCAUUUGAAAAAUUUAGUGGUCAGUAGUAAUGAAUGUUUGGAGUUGAAAUUAAUACGUGAUAUUAACGAUUUAGAAGAUGAUAGAACUUCGUUUAAACCAGAAAUGUCUCAUCAAAUAUUCGGAGACAGUGAAACUAUAUUUGGUUAUCGGGACUUAAAAGUGAAGCUGUAUUACUCAGCAGGUUCAUUAGAAACUUAUUUGGGUAUGACUUAUUCUGAGAAAGUAAACAAGCUUACUUAUGAGGGUGUUGAAGCUGAUGAAGUAUUAUCAAAAGUUGCGGAAAAACUUACACCUAAUAUCCAUACUAAUCUAGAUCCCUUUGUUGAAUCUCUUAAAAAGGAUAGAACAUUCAGACCUUAUGGAGAACUACUUUAUUCUUUUUCAGUAAAUGAUAAUGAUUGUACAAGACAAUUCGAAGUUUAUAAAGCGGAUAUGACAUGUAAAGGCUUUAGAGAAUAUCAUCAACGUCUUCAAACAUUUGUUUUAUGGUAUAUAGAUGCUGCUAAUUUCAUAGAUAUUGAUGAUGAUCAAUGGCAUUAUUUUAAUAUGUUUGAGAAAUAUAAAUCAUCAUCUGGAUAUACUCAGUAUGGAACAAUUGGUUUUGCCACUGUUUAUCAGUAUUAUGCAUAUCCUCAUCAUACUAGACCACGUAUCGCUCAAGUAUUAAUUUUACCUUUGUUUCAAAAUAUGGGUCUUGGUACUCAUUUACUGCGUGGUAUUUAUCGUGAGUAUAUAGGUAGAAAUGAAGUCAAAGAUAUAACAGUAGAAGAUCCAUCUGUUGGUUUUCAACGAAUAAGAGAUUACGUAGACGCAAUGAAUUGUAGUAAAUUACCUAGUUUUUCACGAGAAUGUUUACUUCAAGGUUUCAAUAAAACAAUGGUUAUUGAAGCUAGGGAAAAACAUAAAAUCAAUAAGAAACAAGCACGUAGAGUAUACGAAAUUUUACGUCUGCGUAUAACGGAUAUUUCAAACGAGCAAGAAUAUCGUGAUUACAGAUUAGAUGUUAAAAAAAGACUGAAUAUUCCUUAUAAACGGGAACAAAAUGAUAUCAAAAAAUUAGAAUUAGUUUUGAAAAACCUGAAUAAACGUUCGAAUAUUACAUUACCUGCACCAGAGCAACGUAUGAAAAUACUUGAGAAAUCAUAUCGUGUUUUGGAAGAAGAUUAUAAGAAGGUCGUUAAACGUUUGGAAGAUGAAACUGAGUUACUUAUGAGUUUCUACUUCCUAUUACUUACUUCCUAUAGACACUUAAUUUCUUUAAAAUUAUCUAAUUAUCACGGUUCUAUAUAUGGAUUAUUUUCUGAUAUUGUAGUACAGAAAAAAUUAUUCUGUUCCCAUUUUAAAAUGUCGAAGUAUCAAGUUAAGAUAGGCAUUAUUGGAGGGUCAGGACUCGAUGAUCCAAAUAAACCAAUAUUUAAUUGUCAUUUUGAAACUAAACGUGAAGAUGCAACAAAUGAAUUUGGAGUACCAUCGAGUAACCUAUAUCAUGGAACUAUUUCUGGAGUAGAUGUAAUUUUAUUAUCUAGACAUGGAUCAGAUCAUAGUAUAAAUCCAAGUAAUAUAAAUUAUCGUGCAAAUAUUGAAGCUUUAAAAAUUGCUGGAUGUACUCAUAUUCUUGCAUCAUCUGCUUGUGGUUCAUUAACAGAAUCUAUAUGCAGGGGACAAUUAGUUAUACCAGAUAGUUUUCUGGAUAGAACAGUUAAGAGACAUGGUACUUUCUUUGAUGGCACUUCUAAUAAAUAUUCAGGCGUAUGCCACAUGCCAAUGGAACCAGCAUUUGAUCCGCAUACUUCAAAGAUUUUAUUACAGGCUGCAAAAGAUCUUUGCUUAGAAGUAAGAGAAGGUGCAACAAUAGUAGCAAUAGAAGGACCACGAUUUUCUUCUAAAGCUGAAAGCAAUGCAUUUCGCCUUUGGGGUGGACAUUUAAUUAAUAUGACUAUUUGUCCAGAAGUCUGUUUAGCAAAAGAAGCAGGCUUAUUGUAUGCAGUUAUAGCAAUGGCAACAGAUUAUGAUUGCUGGAAAGAGUGUGAAGAAAAUGUAAAUGCAGGUGAUGUUUUAGAAGUAUUCCAACAAAACGUUACUAAAGUAACAGAUUUGUUUAUAAGAGCAAUAGAAUUAAUAGGGGUAAAAAAUUGGGAUCAAGAUAUUAAUAAUUUGCAGGAACUCAUUAAAAGCAGUAAUGUAUCACGUAAUGCAUCAUGUUAAAAAAACAAAUUGAUCAAAUGGAUUCAAUUUUUAAAAGAAGUUAUGCUAACAAAAUAUGUUUUAUAAUUGAAAAUAUUCAUUUCUUUAAGUAUUAAUAUUUAUUUAUAUUUGACCCAAGAGUUUAAUGAUAUCCAUAGAACACAUUUUUUUAUCUUCAAUAAAUAUGUUAAUGAUUAAAAUGAAA